UGCAACCUACAAAUCGCACAAGACACAAUGCUCAAAUCCCUAACAAGAGCCCGCUCUCCUGUCUCCUCCCCUUCCUUCCUCUUCUGCCUCCCCCGGCCAUUCCCUCGCCCACUCCCCCGCGCACUAACCACAACUGCCCGGCCAAUAGGCACAUUCACCGAACGCCGCCCCGACCGCCAACUCCCCGGUUCCUCCUCCCCCUCCCUCUAUCCUCCCCACCAACCAACCAGUAACUCCACUAACGCCUCACGAACCCACAGGCCCAAGAAAAACCCCCAUCGCAACCCUCCUCACAAUCCCGCUAUUCGCAAGCAUACUCCUACUAGCGGCCGUCGGCCUCUUCAACUACCAGAAGUCCUCCUCGAGUGUUGUCUCGUCAACGCUCUACGCGCUCCGCGUGCACCCCGUCGCGCGAGAAUCGCUGGGGGAUGACAUCUCGUUCAAGAGUAGGGUGCCGUGGAUUCAGGGCACGAUGAGUCAGUUACGUGGGGAUAUUGACAUUGCUUAUAGUGUCAAGGGGACAAAGGGAGAGGGGGUCAUGCGCUUUCGGAGCGUGAGGGGGAGGAUGGGGCUUGUGAGUGUUUCCCAAUUUGCUAUCCCAUAUGCUUUUGGGGGCGUUUUGGUGGUGGUGCUGGUGCUGGUGGGGAGAGUGGAGGGAGGGCUAACUGUGCGAGCUUUAGUUUGAAACGUUGGAUUGGAGCCUGGUAAUGAGGGACGGGCGCAGGAUUGGCUUGCUCGAUAAUUCUGCGGUGGGCCCAUAUCCUCAGGCUGCUACUACCGCUACGUGAUCGAUGGAUAUAAUGUCUGGACGGAUCAUGCACACAUUGAUGGAGGGGUCACGGUCUACGAUCUGAGGUCUAUGUACAUAUGGAAAUUAAGCAUGCGGAACAUGGCUUGACACAAUACAAAAAAAAGUGGCUCUCCAUGGAUGGCUGAGUGGAUAAUGAGCGAGAAGAAGUGAAGAAAAACUGUAAAUGGUCUUUCGAUCUACCUCAGGAACACAAGUGACCAACGGAAAAUAAUCCGACGCGUCCACACCCUCAACAAGGGAAGAAGCAAACCACAUUCCAGUUUUACAUGUCUAUCGUCUCCUCAAACUUCAACACGCCCUCUUUACUCAAAACGCCGUCAACACAUGAUAUUAUUGAUGGGGAGGGGUCAUUUGCCGUGUGCGCUACCAGCACCAGGCCAGCAACCUUGACGCUCCGUACAAGAGCAGGUACCAUUUCCUAUAGUUAUGAGUGAUAACCCAUGACAACCAAGAAAAACAACAGCACCACCACUUACCAUAAGCCUGGACGAGCAUAUUAUACCCAUUAGAUUAUUGCUAGAGGCAAACCUGACCGCUUCCUUCAAUGAGGUUCGACUUCUAGUGCUGGAUGCUGUCCCCUGAAGGUCGUCGCCCGGCUCCUUUCCAAGAUCAUUGCAGUAGAACACCGGGUCUGCGCAGCAGUCAGCCAAAGCGACAUUGAUUGAUAAGUGCGGAACUCCAUACAGUUCGGCUGCUUCCAGUUCAGCGCUGUGCACACAUUAGAAUUAAACGACGAAAAAACAAUCGACCGGGUGAGAUCUGGUGAUUCCUGCUUCAGCGCCCUGGCAUGAUCGAAGGCCACGGUCAAGACAGCGUCCACAAAAGAAUUGGCGUUCAUAGUCCCGCCAAGCCCAUGAUGCCGCUUUUCCGUGCACGUCGGGUAUAUAACGUUAAGAUCAAGAUGCACGUCAACCGGUAGCAAUGACAACACCUCCCGGAGAGUCAAGAACGAGUAUGCGAGAAGGAAAUGUAAUUCUGCCAGGCUUUGGAUAUUGGGUAAUCGCUGUUGGGCUUCAUCGCUCCCUGCUUGGGCACCAAUCUUCUGGAAUUGGGCAUGAGUAACACUACAAACGGGGACUUCAAGCCCACUAAACGGAAUACUCCAUGAAGGGUAUAUAACCGGUACCCCAUCGCUAGUGAGCUGGAUGCAAAGUCGGCCAUAUUCCCCAGCUAGCGACGACCCAGUAACAAGCGCGUUCGGAUGUGAAUCAAACUGAUUCGUCGCCUUCCAGUACGUUGCAAAGUGAGUGAUUUCCAGUGGUACGCCUUGAAAUGGAUUGAUAAUCUGGAAGUCGAAUGAAAUCCGUCCGAUGGCUCUAAGUCUUGAAUCAAAGAGGGGCAGGACGCAAUGGCCGGAGCUCUGGGCGCUAAAAGUAUUGGGCAAAGCCACUGUGCGCGCGAUGACCUUGGAUCCAAAAGUAGGGUAAAUAUCAAAGUCAAUGGUAAACAUAUCUAGUGUAUCAAUUUGGAAAGAUACAACCUUCGCAUCCUCGUUCAGAGGAAGAAGUAUAUUUCGAGGAAUGAGAUCGGAUGACUUCGACGAUAUCGUAAGCCUUGCUGCAGGGUAUUUGCCCUCGUGAUAGAAUGCAAUUGGCUUGCCAUCCGUUUCAUCGAAUGUGAGCUGAACGAAUGUCUUAUUCUCCAGGAAGUUAUGCCCAUACCUCCGGAGGGGAAGUAUGGGAGGGGGAAGGGAAAGAUCUGGAAUUCCAUCGGAAUCGAUAGUCAUCUGCGUUCCAGAUACCGUCGAAGCAAUAGACGCCGGUGACGGCUUCAUUGGAGCAGCAGUUCCUAAGCCCCCAAGUGCACCCCCAGCGGCAGAGAGUAACUGCAUGCACUCUAGAUGGCCCUCCCAGGCUGCAUAAUACAUUGCCGAUAAUCCCUUCUCGUCAAGUAUAUCCCACCGAGCUCCACUCUCCAACAAAGUUUUUAAGCACUCAACGUGUCCCUCGCUUGCAGCAUGGAACACAGCAGUCCACUGGAAUAGCUUGUCCAGUUCAUUCGGGUUUGCCCCAUAUUGCUUCAACGUCAUGAGAAGCUGUACGGACUUACCGGACCGCGCAACCAGGUGCUGCGGAAAGAGCCCUUCCGCAUCGGGUAGAAUUCGAGCCUUGUGUUGCAACAAGAUCUCAGAAAUCUCGCAAUACCCAUGUUGACAAGCCAAAUUCAACGGAAUAUAAUCCUUCUCAUCCCGGGGGUCUACUCUAGCAUUGCAAUCGAUUAACUGACGAACAACCUCUUGCUGAUUAUGUGUUAUGGCGUGUAUCAGAGGUGUAAAGUUGUCAUGAUCCA